UCCUGUUUCAUCGUCGAUAUAAGCAACAUCGGAGAGCUCGACAUUUUAUUUCCCAAAGCCGAUGCGAUGGGUACUUCAAUACAAUUGUUAUUAUUUCUUCUGCUGAGGUUUUUAACUCAAAGCCGUGCCAAUACGUACAGCGUUACGAUAAGUACUGAACAACAUGUGAAUCUUAUUGAUAGCAGGUUUCUGAGUUUUACGGUAGACCCUAAGUUUCUGUUUUCGAGCAAUGACAAGUAUAGCAGCAAAGAAUGCAGUUGCAUGGCCGCUGCCCUCACACCAGCCUAUCUCCGCAUAGCUGGUCCCUCCACCGCGCACCUGACCUUCCUCAACACCACCAUCUCCAUCAACGACGUGGAAUACUCCGAAGACAAAGAAAACUUCGACAUCAUAGCCUUAGAAUCUGACUCCCCAAAGAAGAUUCCUCUUGACUUCCAUAAGAGAACUAAGAGGAAUUUAGCUGUGUCCCAUCGCCAGUGGAACUUGUUCGUGCAGUGGGCCAAGUCGGCUGGCUUCGACCUGGUCUUCGCUUUGAAUAAUGAGGAACGAACAGCCUCAGGGUUGUGGGAUCCUAAUACCGCGUUGAAUAUAUUGACGGUGGCCGAGAAGGUCAAUGUUGGGGAUAUGUUUUGGGAGCUUGGUUAUGAGUGCAGAAACCAGUCCAUAGAAGAGUACCUGAACGACCUGGAAACUCUUCGCGUGAUCAUCGGCACCUUCCCCCAGGGUCGCACUGCGGAGUGGAAGGUGGUGGCCGGUGACGUCACCAAGUGCCUCCAGACAGACUCCAAGAGCGACUUCAGGGAAUAUGUCACGUUGUCCAGUUUCAUGAUGGAUGCUUUGCUGCUGAAUGGUAACUCUUCAUCGCAAGAACUGGAACGCAUGACAGAGUAUGAUCGGAUGAAGCUCCUGCGAAUUCUCGCCCGAAGCCCCACCCCCCUCUGGCUGACGGAGACCAAUCACAAGAAGUACAACGAGUUGGAGCGAGCCGCUGAUUGGCUGGCCAGUCUCGGCUACUCGGCGAAGAAUGGUUUUGCGGUACAUUAUAGGGAAUUGCAGGAGGAUGAGAUGUAUGAACCAACGCUGAGUUUUUACAUGGCACUCCUAUUCAAAAACUUGGUGGGCGAGCGAGUCCUGGACGUGCAAAUGGAGCCAGAACAGGCCGUUCUCUUUGCGCACUGUACAUCGCUGCGUCAUAAGCAGAUACCUGGUGCUGUCACGCUGUUUGCAGUGAACAUGGAUGAGGAGCCCGCUAGGUUCUCGCUCAAACUGGCGAAGAGGGAAGAGGGGGGUGAUAUCAUGCAGUUUAUAUUGGGGAAAGAUCAUAACGGAAACAUAGCGGUAAAUGGACGUCCUAUGUUCUACGAGGGUUAUUUGAAACCAGUCGUCAAACGAGUUCAGCCAUACAGGACUUUAGUGAUCAACUUGCCAGCCAACUCCUUCGGAUUCUGGGUCCUCGCCAGGACCAAUGUGGAAGCCUGUUACAACACUGACAGUGGAAACAAGACUUUGAUUGAAGCAAAGACCAUCCCUUAUGAAAGUCAUAAAGCUAAACGAUCCCUCAAUGAGGAUUUUGAUGACUAUGCACAUGUGGCUGAUCUCUCUUAUGAUUUCCAAGAUAAUGAUUCUCAUGUUACAGAUAACCUUGCUUUAACGAGCAGAAUUCAUGAUUUGAAUCGAGAUUUAUUUAAAAUACAGAACGGUUUUAAAAGGAAUAUAGUUAAGAACAGGUCUAAGCGGUAUGAUCAUGUAGAAAAGUUUGGUAAAGCUAAGCUUAGAGGGCUAAGGCAAAGAGCUGAAAGAUUACUGGAUCCUGAUUUAGACCCCAGACAGCUCAUCGAUGAUUUGUUAGAAAAAGCGAGACAAAGGGUUAGUGAUCUGAAAAGUCUUCGACCAAGGGGAAUCCUGAACUUAAACAGAGUGAGUAAGAGGCAUUCGAAAAACUCCAAGUUAAGGUAUUUGAAACCCUUAAGGGAUAACCAAAUCUUUAGCAGAACUCAUAAAAGACCAAUACAAAUGAAAAAGAUUUCUGAAGAAGAUGACUUUUUAGAAAGAGUGAACAGAAAAAGCAAACCUACUAAGGACGUUCUAUCCAAAAGAACUUUGGAAACACGGAACAAAGAUACUAAAAUAAAUCAAGAAGUGAAAAAAAUAUCCAGAGAAGAUACGAAUGUUCCAGAAGCAAUUGUAAGAAGGAGAAGAAGUGUAGACAAGGAUGUCGAAGAAAUAUCAGCAGAAAACGAUAUAGACCUUGAUCCUGAAAACAGAGCAAAACUAUGGAAGAUUCUGAAGAGACUACACAAAGAAUUUGAGAAUCUUUCAGAAGAGAAAAUUGAAGGUGACACAGAUUCUACCGAAGGAAUCGUUCUGAAGACAGAAUUGUCAGACGAUAGUGCUACUAUAAAGGUCAAAGAUUCUAACCAUGGGGUCAUAAAGUCUACCAUGAAGAGUAUGUUACAUGUGUUAGAAGAUUUGAACAAAAAUCUGAAUAAAGUAUGGGAUGCUAUUAACUUGUUGAAUUAAUGAACAUACAGUGAAUAGAUUAGUUUAAAUUGUGAUCAGUUUCAACACUUGAUUUUUUUCCUU